UGCCUGACGGAUAACCUUCUGCUCCAACAAGGCCAGUUCCUCCACGCCGAGACUCACGCCUAUUGUACCAGGCACGACGCACUCGGCCGCGCAGCCCCACAGGUGGGAUCGGCCGGCGUGGGCCGAAGGUUCCCGCCAGGCUAGGCAGUGGAGCGCCGCACAGCGCGCCUUCCCGCCUCCCAGCCGCCGCCCCAGCAGUUCCGACCCAGCGCCAGCAGGCCUGCUCGGUCGAUCUUCGAGCCGAAGAUGCGGCGGGGCUGGAAGAUGGCUCUGUCCGGGGGGCUGCGGUGCUGCCGCCGAGUACUGUCCUGGGUGCCAGUGCUCGUUAUUGUCCUCGUCGUGCUCUGGUCCUACUAUGCCUACGUCUUUGAGCUCUGCCUGGUGACUGUUUUGAGCCCAGCAGAAAAAGUUAUCUACCUCAUCCUCUACCAUGCCAUCUUUGUGUUCUUUGCUUGGACCUAUUGGAAAUCUAUCUUUACACUUCCACAGCAACCAAACCAGAAGUUCCACUUGUCAUAUACAGACAAGGAGCGCUAUGAAAAUGAAGAGAGACCUGAGGUCCAGAAGCAGAUGCUUGUUGAUAUGGCCAAGAAACUACCAGUUUACACAAGAACCGGGAGUGGAGCUGUACGAUUCUGUGACCGGUGCCAUCUGAUCAAGCCAGAUCGCUGCCACCACUGCUCUGUCUGUGCCAUGUGUGUAUUAAAAAUGGACCAUCACUGCCCUUGGGUUAAUAACUGCAUUGGAUUUUCCAACUACAAAUUCUUCCUUCAGUUUUUAGCUUAUUCUGUUCUCUACUGCCUGUACAUUGCCACAACAGUCUUCAGCUAUUUCAUCAAAUACUGGAGAGGGGAAUUGCCCAGUGUUCGCUCUAAGUUCCAUGUCCUUUUUCUCCUCUUUGUGGCCUGCAUGUUUUUUGUCAGCCUUGUGAUUCUCUUUGGUUACCAUUGUUGGCUUGUCAGCAGAAACAAAACUACCUUAGAGGCCUUCUGCACUCCGGUGUUUACAAGUGGCCCAGAGAAAAAUGGGUUCAACCUUGGCUUCAUUAAGAAUAUCCAACAAGUGUUUGGAGAUAACAAGAAGUUCUGGUUAAUACCUAUUGGGUCCAGCCCAGGUGAUGGACACUCCUUCCCUAUGAGGUCUAUGAAUGAGUCACAGAAUCCACUGCUUGCAAAUGAAGAGCCCUGGGAAGACAAUGAGGAUGACAACCGAGAUUAUCCAGAAGCUUCAUCGUCUCUUGCUGUGGAAACGGAAACGUAGCAGUUUCCACAUUUCCUGCAUUUCUCAGACAGGACCCACCAUCUCCCAAGAGGCUUACAGAGUUCAGUGUUGGGAACCAUUCUAAUCUUCAAAAUAAGUCACCAUGCUGGAUUGAAAGCUUCAUGAUUUGAAAGCAUUCUGUCAAAUCCUUGCUUUGCAGAUGUUUCAGGACUUUACAAAUUGUUUAAUGUACUGACUGAACUUCAGUUUGGUAGCAGUUAAUUCAAGUCAGUUCUCUCUUCAUUUCUCCUGCCCCAAUCCAUGAAAGCCUAAAUGUAAAGUAUAGCUUUUCAUUCAUCUUUUCAGGUAAAAGGGAAUUUAUAAGACUUCCUUGGAGUCUUUAGUUCCCCAAGAAAGACUAUCAAUCAUAUCUAUAGGGUCUUCUGGGUAUUGAAGGGAAUCAGACUACAGACUACAUUUGCUGCUUAUGUGUAUGUGUGUUGGUAAACAUGUAUAUGUGCAGCACAUCUAUACAAAAUUCUGCUAACUGUUGUGAAAAUCAAGGUUGUUUUUUUUUAAAAAAUAGAGGCUUUUAUGUAAUCAUGCUUUUCACCUAAGGAGCAGUUUAAAUAUUUGCAGAGCUUUGAACCAUCCCCAUAUCAGGUAUCUAAGUUUGAAAGGGAGAUUCAAUGCGCUGUGACCAAGGUGCUCAAAUUGGGAAUUCAACAACAAUGUAAAACCUGUUCUCUGUCACAGAGGUUCCUGAAAGCACCACAGUUAAUAGAGAAGAUCAGCUCAGAUUUCGUUCCACUUUAUUAAACAUAAUAAUUAAUGUUUUAAAGGUUUUUAGUACCAGGCUGUGCUAAAAUUCUCCAAUUACUUUUAUUCAUGUCAUUGCUGCCUAUCUUUAUUUUAGCCUUUAUAAAUGACUUUUAUGAUGAAAAAAAAAAACCUAUAUGCCUAAGUUAUAGACCAUAGGUUUUCUCAAGGGUUCUAAGGAUGAAUUUCAGGUUUAAUUACAACACUGUUCAAAGGGGUAAAGUUUCACAGCUGACAUUAGCCUGAGGAUUAGCACUAAAGCUCUGUGUUUGCACAGUAGGGGUUAAUGUACAGAUAGUGAUAACUGAACAGUAAUAUGCCAAUCUUUUUUUAACUUCAGUGGUGGCUCAGCCAUUAAGACAGUUUACAUCCAUUUCCCCAUUUAUUUAUAAUCAGCCUUUCUUUCAGUCCUAGUGCCUGAAUCAAUGAAUAUGGACACUAAUGCUGCUUCUUUAUACUAAUAAUACCUGACUAUUGAUAUUUCUUAUUUUUCAACCAGCACUCUAGUGCCCAGCUGCUGACAAUAAAAGCUCCAACUCUUACAGAGAUCAGUGGGAGUUAGAAGCAUCUUAUAGAUAUCAAGGAAUUGAACUCCUAGAGGUACGAUUAGGUAUACUAAAUUAUCCUCCUGAAAUCUUUUUGAGUAAAAAAGAGUUACCUGUCAGAUGAUUCAGUGGUGGGGCCACCGUGGAACUGAGAAGGUGAGCCAUCAGCUACUUAAAGCGACAACAAAGCCUGUUCAUUUGGGUCUCCUAGGUAAUUUUGAUAAAAAGUGAGACUUUUAACAGACAUUAAAUGAAUUGUGGUCAACAGUUCAUCUGAGAGCAUACUAGAUAUGUCUAAACAUAUUAGGGCUGGGAACUGUUGCUCAAACUCAAAAUCCAAAAAGCAACCUAGAAGACUAUGCACACUGGGUUUCAUAAUGAAAUCUUAUAUAUUCAAAUAGAAAGAUUACCCCUCUGCUCUCCCUCCAAAACACCAUCUUAUUUAGGUUUCUCUCAAAAGCUUAUUUGGCCAUCCACAUGGUUUUACGAUAGACAAGGCUGGCCUUCUACUCCUGUAGAGAUGCACCUUUCUUUAAAUGGAGGGCCAUGACUUACUUCACAGCCAGUGGGCCUCAAAGCAAUCUUCCUUAUUCCCAUCUAUCUCAUCUUCUGCCAAGAGUUUAGGCAGAGCAGCUGCUAACUAUGAUUCAAAGUCAGGAAGGAUCAAGAAUGUCUUUAUUGCAUAGAGUAUAUCAGUACUCAGUUGUCACAGAAAUCAGGGCACAAAAGAUAGCAUCAAGUAAACUACUGGGAAGCACUGGAAGGCUAAAUCUCAGGGGAGCCAUAAUGCAAAGCUAAUUGUUUAAUAUCUUACAGACUUACACUGUCUUCAAAAGCCAAAUAAAUCAGGGUUUUGUCUGGGGGCUUGGAGAUAAAAGGAAACCAUAUCCCUAUCUUAGCACCUUGAUCACUGUUUUAUAGACUUGGAUAAGAUCUCUACCUAUGGAUCAUUUGAGUAUUGACUUCUGUAUAUAAGCAUCCAACUGUUUGAUUAUUGAUCAAAAAGACAGAGGUUUUUGUAAUAAUUCAUGCACCCUGAUAUGGCUCCUUUCUUGCUUUUCCUUGGAGCCCUAUUCAAUAACCUCUGUGGGAUCUCAUUUCCCAAUCUUUGGUACUUCUCGUCCCUAUUUUCAAAAUGAAGGUACUCACUGUUAGGAUCCUACAGCUGAAAGGUGCUAUGUAACUCCCUAGUGCUCUUAUAUGUCUUUAGUUGCAGGACUGGAAUGAAAAGUUGAACCAUAAUGGUAUUUCUAAGCAAAUGAGUGUGUUCCAUUCUUUCUUCAAUACACUUGUUGCUGAUUUUUUUCUUGCAGAACUUUCAGUAUGUUGCUUAAUAUUCUUCCAUUUGUUUCAAUAAUAUCCUUGGGAAGAUAUAGAAUAGAAAUUAUUUUCCCCGUGGUACAGCAGGAAAAAAUUAUUGGACAAAAGAGAUGAAAUGCCCUCCCAAAGAACAUAGCUAUCUUGAACAGAACUCACAGUUACCAUGUCCAAUAACUAGUAGAGUGACUUGGCUUCCCAGUAUUGGAAUUAGCAUGGAGCAGCUUAGAACAUUAAGAACAAUCAGGACAGGUUAAUAUUCAAAGAGUCUGCUUUGUUCACAGUCUUAAAGUAUGCAAUUUAUACAGCGCUUCUUUUCUGUGAUAAAAAUGCAACAUAUGUGCCUCUUGCCCCCCACUGGCACUGUGUGACACAUGUUUCACACUGUAUGGACUCAGCCAGUGCCAUUAUCUCUUUUGACACCCCUCAUGGCAAAUCCUAGGGCUGCCUUUGCCAGGGAAAAGAAUGUGCUUCCCCAUAUUGAUGCCAAAUUGCACAAAGUGUAGACAUCGAGGUCAGUAGAGAUUUAAGCACAAUCCUAGCAGGUAUGUUUUAAGAAUAUUGAAUAUACAUUGUAGUAAUAUGCACAUGAAAUUUAACAAGGCCCAAAUCUACAGGAAUAUACCAGUCAUUCAAAGCCUAUCCCUUUCAGCUGUCAUCACACUUAACCUACGUGAAGAUGUGCAUGCGCACAAACAUUUCCCCCACCCCAAUGCAGGCUGCCUGGUCACCAGGAGCAAACAUUUUAAAGGAAUGAUUUUCUGUCCUCUUUUUUUUUUUUUUAAAGUCAACACUUACAACAAACAAAGAACAUUCCAUUGAUAACAUUCCUGAACCUCUGCACUCAGAGUGGCUAGGAGACUCAGUGCAAAAGAUAUUUUCUGUGCAGGGGCAUAGAGGGCAUCUAUCAAGCUUGUCCAACCCUUCCAAAAUCCCAUGUUCCUAGAAAAUCCAUACAUUCCAUCCAAUCAGUAGGAAGUGGUUGAUGAGGUAUGGUACAUCUGCAUUUCUUCAGGCAUAGCCGUAAUGUACCAUAUUAAAUUGUAGCCUUUUGCAUGUAGGUGUUAUAUAACAUAAUAAUGAAUGGGAGGCUCCUAAUAGCAUGCAAUCCAUGACUGUUUACUUCCCCAAAAGGGCUAGGGCUGUAUCCUGCACAGUGUUUGAAACCAUUUCUUGUGCUCUUUGGAUCAGCCUGUACAAGGCCAUUGGCAGAAUGAGUUUUUAAAAAAAUACAAUGAAUUCAAUAUGUCAGGAAAUAGAUUCUUAGAAGGGAAUGGUAUUAAAGGAAACAACAAUAAGAUAAGAUGCAUUCAAGGAAUAAUUGCUUUCACCCUGCUGGUUAAAUCAGCAAAGGAACACAGCAGGAAAGCUCGGACUAGGUCUUGGGUUAUAUGAAAUGUUUUGGAGAGCAAGAAACAGAAAAGCACUGGGGACCUCAGCAGUUAAGCUCAAGUUGCCAACUUGCUAUAAAUCUUUUUUCCACCAAUCUGCUCAAAGUGAUUGUAUACAGUAUUCUUAAAACCAUGUGUCUUGCUGCAGAAAUACUGACAAAUUCUGGCCAGCUUUAUCUUCCUAUGUCCUUUAUUAAAGGUAUAUCCAUAAAA